AUGACAUUAGUAGCAUAUGGCUGGAAUCUCAUCAAAGUAUGAACAACUGCUGUGAAACCUCGGGUUGUAUUUUUCCCCCAAAUCAGUACGUGGAGUCAGGCAUGUUCAGAUGAGGAAUUUGGACAUAUCCAGCGUAAAGAUCUCCAAUCUGAUUGGUCCUGAUGGUGAUAAAAACGCACCUCCGCUACCCCUCAGCGUAUCCAGGAAAGAGGGAUGUGAUAUCCUUUCAGAUUCAGGAAUUUCAGUGUUUUGGAGCUUGUAAGACACAAUUCAUUCACAGUCAUUUAGAUGGAGGAAAGAGAGAGGAGUAGGAGUCGCUCCCCGCGUAGGGUGCGUCGGGUAGAGCAGGUGGUGGGGAGAUGGCUGCGCCGAUCACGAGACUCCCUCAGCAGGGAGCGUAUUCUGGGGGACAGGAAGUCGGGCCGUUCAGACGAUGGCGGCCAACAGCAUUUCCCAGUGAAGGAGACAGUGGAGGUGAUCAGAGAUGCUGUGCUGGACUCACAUGGCUUUACACUCUCCACACAGCUCCCCCUGCUGGUCAGGGACAUUAUUCCAGGAGGACCAGCAGAUGGACGCCUCUUACCAGGCGACCAAGUAUUGAAAGUGAAUAACAAAGCCAUUGACGACUUGUCUCCUGAAUAUGUAGACAACAUGAUUAGGCAGUGCCAGGACUCUGUAACCGUGACGGUCCUCAGAAACAUGUUGAACCCCAAGUCCUCGUUUAUGUCGGCAGAAAAGAGAGCUCGCCUGAGAAGAAAUCCAGUUAAAGUGCGCUUUGCCGAGGAAGUAUUAGUCAAUGGACACACUCAGGGAAACUCCCUUCUCUUCCUGCCCAAUGUGCUUAAGGUCUACAUGGAGAAUGGGCAAACAAAAGCCUUCAAAUUUGAUAAGACCACCACAGUGAAGGACAUUGUGCUGACUUUAAAGGACAAGCUGUCAAUUCGAUCUAUUGAGUAUUUCUCCCUGGUGCUGGAGCAGCAAUACAGCAUCACCAAGCUACUACUCCUGCAUGAAGAUGAGCUCAUACAGAAGGUGGUCCAGAAGAAGGACUCGCAUGAUUACAGAUGUCUGUUCCGAGUGUGUUUUAUCCCCCGAGAUCCAGUGGACCUGCUACACGAUGACCCGGUCGCCUUCGAGUACCUCUUUCACCAGAGUGUUGGGGAUGUGCUGCAGGAGCGAUUUGCCGUAGAGAUGAAAUGUAACACUGCUUUGAGGCUAGCAGCACUGCAUAUGCAUGAAAGGUUGGCCAGCUGUGGACAAACUACAAGAGCAUCUAUCAAAAAUAUUACUAAGGAGUUUGGAUUGGAGAGUUUUAUUUCGCCCACAUUACUGAGGAACAUGAGAGAAAAAGAUCUGCGGAAAGCUCUUACAGGCCAUAUGAAGAAAAUCCAGUCACUGCUCGAACCGCGUCAGAAAGUAAUCUCAGUACCUCAGGCCAGGUUAGCAUAUCUAACUCAGAUGGCAGAACUGAUAUCAUAUAGUGGAAGAAGCUAUAAUGCCACCAUGCUGCUGCAGGACCGGGAGUCGUUGGUGAGUUUGUUGGUGGGAGCACGAUUUGGUGUCAGUCAGAUACUAAACCACAAGCUGAACAUGAUCUCGACUAUUAUAGACUUCCAUUAUAUCAGCCGUGUAGAAGUGCUCUCUGAGUCUGACAGGGUCAGCAUGCUAAAGAUCUACCUACAUGAUAUCCAGCCCCUGGCCUUGCUAAUGGAUUCUGUAGCCGCUAAGGACUUGGCAUGUCUGCUGGCAGGCUAUUGCAAAUUGUUAGUGGAUCCAAAUAUGAACGUGUUCCGCUGGGGCCCUCGCCCCAAAAUACGUCGUAUACCUUUAGAAGAAGGCUUUGGAUUCCGCUGUGGCAGUGACUCAGACGAGAGCUCAGAUGAGGACUACGCCAUGGACAACCUGAUAGACACACCAGUCUCUGAGGACACUGUCUCAACUCAAACAAACGAUGACAGGGAAGAUGAGAAGGAGGAAGAAAAAGAAGAGGCCAAAACAAACACAAUAAGGGUGAUUGUGACUCAGACAGAAGACGAGGAGAAGGUAGUAGAAGGUGCUCUAGAAGGAACAAGUACAAGCGGUUCUUUUGAGGAUGAGGAUUAUGCAGCAAGAGUAGAUGCACUUCUAGAAACAGGAUGGUACACAGACCCAAGAGUCAACAGCAGCUUCUCUAGUUUGUCCAGUAACUCAUUUAACACCCUUGAGGAGAUUAGCAAAGUGUCCAUGACAUGGCCUGCUCGUUUGGACUCUUUUCAGGAGGAGAUGCCCAAAUCGGACCAGGCUACUGGUGCUUCUAACCAGGAUGUCCACCAUCCUUACCUGCUCGAGAUCCCUGAACACCUGAAUCAGAAAAAGAAAUCAAACCCCCCCUCUAACUUGCUCUAUGAUAAGCACAGUGGCUUGCGAUACAGUGACCUCUCCCAAAUGUCUGACUCCCUUCCAAGCCCACCUGAAGCAAGUGAUGAUGCUCUGAGUGAUUUGGAAGAGAUUAAUAAAGAUGAAAACAAAAAUUAUAGACCUGCAGACAUUGAUGCCGUGUUGGCUUCGGGUAGUAGUAAUAGCAUAAAAUCUACAGUAGCUGGCUUCAACGUCCAAGCACUUUUAGCAAGGAUCCGUAGUCAUCCAGCAUGUAAGAAAGAUCUGAGAAACUUGAACCUCCACCAGAAAGAGGAACCAAAGCCUAAAGGGCCUUUGUCCAGACCAAAAGUUCAACCUCCACCUCCACCACCAAGAACAGUAUCCAGAGUUUCUGAGUUGGCAAAGGACACCAGAAACAGUGGGUCAGAAUCAGAAGAUGAAUUCUUUGAUGCACAGGAUCAUCUCAUUCCACCAACUUCAGAACAACCUGCAGAGAAGAAAAUAAAUGUGAAUGGAAUGGGACAUGCUCUGAAAAAAACUGCGAUAAAGAUCAAUGUGGAGGAACCAGAAGCUUCAAAAAUGCAAAGCCACUUGGACAAGCCACACAGUGACAAUUCUUUACCUAUUAAUAGAAACAACCUAAAGAAGGAUGCUUCCAUCCUUAAAGAUCUCACACCUGCAAAAAAUAUUCUUGAUAAUAGAGAGCUGAAGGGUCAGCAGCCGUCGGUGAUUCUGCGUCCUCAACCCGUGCUUGAACCUAUGCCUAUCCCAAAUAAUCAUGUCUUGGAUAAGAAGGGACAGCAGUGUAAUGGAGAUGUUCCUGCCCGUAAUGCUCACAUAUCCUCUGAGCUUUUGGAGAUGGAGCCAGACACUAUGGAGUUUAAACCUGUUACUACAAUUGGACCACCACGGUCUUCCCCCUUAAUCACAGCAGUACGGCAAACUAAAUCCCAGGUACCAAUCACAGUGGAUCUUGCAACACUUUCGAAUGAUACUCAAAAUAUCACAAAACCUCUCGAUUUUAAUAGUGAAAUAGCGAAAGAAGAGAAAACAGGAGAACACCAAUCACCGCCUCCUCUGCAGCCCAAGAAAGAAGAAGUUUUUGCAAAACCCCCAGAACCUGACAAACCCAUAUGCAAAGUUUCUCAGUCAUCAUCUGGUCUCGCUCUGAAAACUGAAGAUGAGAAACCAUCAAAUGGGAUUACUUUGCGUACCUGGUCCCAACGGAACGGGGCUACACCGGGCCCUCCUCUGAGUAAAGGAGUCUCUCUGAGCCAUGAGAAUCUUAAAUACAAACUGAGGAAUGAGAAUACUGCAGUCACAGUGACCAGCGCUUCAACUCUGACUGCUACUCCACCCCCGUCUGUGGCUAUCAGAGGCUCUAUAAGCAUGGAUCCCAAAGAUCCCUUUGGGACUGGAAGGCGUUUUAGCAGCAGGAGUUCUUCUGGGCGUUUGUCUGCUUCAGCACUACGUGGAAAGAUCCAGGACAUGCCCUGGUAUCUCACCCGAUCCCAGGAAAUUUUGGGGACAGUAGCACUCAGCAGUGAUAAAUUAGCAGACACUAAAGCAUCUAAGGAUGCAGAUGAUUACAAGGACUCUAAAAAGGAAUCUCCAAAAGCCACUUCAGUACCUGCGUUGAAUGAUUGGACAGAGAAAGAUGCUGAGGUGGUUGUUGUGAAACUCAAAGAUGGGCCACAAGAGGUGGCCUCGCAUGUGAAAGACACAAGUGGAAGAACUUCACUGUCUGGUCAUCCAAACCUAAAGCAGAAUGGGUUACAAGACUCCAGUGAACUUUUCUCACGCUUGGGAACAUGCCGAUCUGAACAGCCUAAGUCGCAAAAAAACACUGUUGCAAAGGAUAAUCUGGAAAGGCCAUCUCCUCCGUCUAGCACUGGCACACCCCACCGUGAUGCAUGUGGGUGUCAUACUGUUUAUGCCAAUUGCUUUAGUGGGGAUUCUGAGGAUUUGUGUGGUUUUGAUGAUGAUCUGACAGUGUACGAGUUCUCCCGUCAGAAACGAAUCAACAAACCACCCCAGACCUCCACUGCACCUUCCUCUGCCCCUUCUUCCAACAUCCUGUCUCUGCUAAGAGACUCCCCUCACCCCCUUUCAACUUCUUCUGAGCUUAGUCCUCUCUUUACGCCACCCCGGCCUAGGCCCCUGGGUUACAACCCACUGGACAAUCCGCUACGUAAUCUUCAAGAAAGACGAUACGUAACAGGCCUAAAAGGUACUGGGCUUAAAGGGGGCUACAUGUCCCUGCACAAAGAUAUUGAUGAACUUCUCCUGGUGCUUAAGAAUGGAGAGACUGCAAUAAAUCCUUCAGGCCAGAAGGGGCCAUGUGAAAAGGCUAGUAGUAUGAAUGGCAAUUCCUUUUCAGAAACGGAGCGCUGUUUAGUGCAGGCUGAGGCACGGAGGCUGGCCUCAGGAUGUCAGCGUGCCACGCGAGUUGGUUGGGCACCAGAUGAUGCUCUUCUCUCAUUGGGCAAUAGCUUUGGAGCUUUGGUACAUCUAGCAGCAGCUUGCCUUCAAGUGUCCUGUUCAGACUGUGGAAGUUACCAUGGUGAUAUUGAUGGCAGUGAGGCUCUAAGGAAGCUUCAAGAAAUUGUGUGUCUGUACAAGGAGUUUGUGAUGGCUGUAGAAGCAGCCAGAGAGGGGGAGGGCGUCAGGUUGUUAGCUAAACAAUGCACGGUUCUCAUAUCUACAGUCUUCUCUCUAACACAGCUCUUCAGGACACACACUCCAGACACAGACAAUAGACAUUUACCCCUAAACUUCUGAACUUGGAAGUUUUGAAUGAAAGAGAUCAGAGAACUAAAAAGAGAGUGAGAGAGAAUGGUAAUCAUUUUCUUUGGACUUAAAGACUUUAAAUGUGUGCUGGCACACAUGAAAUAAAAGUAAGUGCCGUGUACACACACACAAAACACACAAAAUCUCAGUCAAACUCAUUAACAGGCAAAUAAGUCUACUAAAAAGUAGAAUCUUUUGUCCUCUAAACCUGUUGGUCUUGCCAAGUCUCCUUAUGAACUUUAAACAGGAUAUGGUUUUAUUGAUACAUACAGUAGCUAUUUUCUAACAAUAUCUUAUUUCUUUAAGUAUGGUAUUCAAGUUCUUAUUUAUUUUUACAUACGAUAUGUACGCACCGUGGGUUAUAACCUAUACCUACUUUUUUUGUUUUGUUGUAUGUAAAGUGCUACCUCUUGGUCUAACAACUAGUGAAACCUGAAAAAAAAAAAUACAGUGUUAUGGUGUAGUGUCUGUAAUUUUUUGUACUGCUAUUCACUGAUUUUAGGCAUGGUACUUCAUAAGAUGGGCAAAGCAGCCACCAACCCACUUUCUUCUCCCUACUCCUGACCAUGUGUACAUAUAAUAGAUGGUAGAAAGGAUGUAUAGAAUACUCAGUAACUUUUGAAUCGUGUGCAGUAAUUUAUCAACUCACUUUCCAAAAUUUUCUUCUUUCUUUUUGCUUGAAAGCUGGAUAUAAAUGGGAAUUAAUAGCUGUUGAGAGAAAACUGAAAGUGUUUAAUUUUAUAUCUAAGGUCUAUAUGUCAGUAUGAACCGUCAUAUUCCUUUUUCAUCGGCAAGUUAGCUUACUGUUAAUGGUAGCGAUCAGUUUUAUCCAAAGAUGAUGCAGCACGAAGUGCUAUGUCAUUGUGACCAUUCAUUUCUAGUACUAGUCAAACUCCACUAUUUUUACUUCUUUUAUUACUAUGCAAGUGUCACUAAUUCAUAGCUGUUGUCAAAAUAUCUGUAUUCAACAUUGCUCAUAUCUUAUCAAAACUGUUUUGAUAAUGGGGCUUCCCAAACAAACCUAAGCCUUAUUCUUGAUCUAGAAGUACUUGAUCUAGAAUAUUCUGGAUCGAGGUCAAAUCAAGUACUUAUGCAAUUGCAACCUGGAUCAUAAUUUGCCUUUUGAUUAUUGGGGGGAAAUCUUGCCAGGUAUUAGUACUAGAGUUUCAGUAGGUCUUCAUUAGGCAGCCCAAAAUUAAGUUAGUGUUCAUUUUAUUAAAGGUGCUGACUGCAAAGUCAUCUGAAAUUUUCUUGUUGUGCAUGGCAUUUUCCUUUGUCUCACAAGAACGAUAUUAUGCGGACGAGAUGUGAUAAUUUUUUUUAAAAGAUUUUUUUUGUGCUUUUUCCGCCUUUAUUGGAAAGGACAGUGUAGAGACAGGAAAUGAGCAGGAGAGAGAUUGGGAAAAGACCUCGGGUCGGAAUCGAACCCGGGUCCCCGGAUUUAUGGUAUGGCACCUUAUCCACCUGAGCCACAACGUCCCUGAGAUGCGAUCAUUUUGACGUGCUGAAGGUCACUUUUCUCCAUUUUGGGACCGAAUAUCCUAUUUCUUGAGGUAAACAGUAUGGCCCUAGCCUGGGAAAUCCCAUGCUGCUUUGCACAAUCGUUCCGAUCUGAAAAGACAGCAUGGAAACUAUGGUCUAAAGGCUCACCUGAGUUAGGGAGCCAAUCAGAGAGUGGGGAGGGGUGGAAAGACGGUGACGCGUACUAUUCGACAAACGGAAGCUUGUAGUUUAUUUGGGACUGUUUACGGAUCACAUUUAACAUGGCGGCGAGCGAUACGAACCAAACUAACCAAACCAGCUUCUCUCAUAUUUGUCUUGCACAAACGGCAGUAAUCGUUCGGUGCCAUUGUUUUCCUAUUUUUGUUUUGCCUUCUCUUUCUCUUUCCUUCUCUUCUUCGCCUCUUCGUUGCUCUAACUACGUCACCGGGUACAACUGCCAUGAUUGGCCAUGGGCUACGUAUACGCCAAAUAAUAGACAUUCGCAACGUCCAAUAAACGGCCGUUGACAAUCGUAAACCACACCUCCCCUACGAGAAAUUCAAUAGGCGGAUUCCAGACCAUAUUUCACUUGUGAUAUGGUCUGGUGUUAACCAGACUAGUAUGGCCCUAUGGAAACAGCUGAAUGUGAGGAGCUUUAAUUAAUUAGCAUAAUGAUGGAACUGCAUCACACCAAGAUGACACACAGAAAAAACAUUGUGAUUCUGCAUCGACCUCUGAGAGUUUUGAGUCACAGGGAUGUAAUUUGUGGUUGACAUUCACCAAUAGAUCCAUGAAACAAAAGAUCUUUUCUCUGUUAUUGCUUUUGUGUUCUCGUUUCUUUCUCUGUAAAAUCAAAACAUCAGGUGUAUAACUCUAUACUCACUACCGUGGAGUCGAGCCCGUGUAUUCUAAGGCUAAGAUAGCUAAGCGCUAGCUAGAAUGAUUUAGUUAUCUGUCCAGAAAAAAAUGACGUCAUCUAACCUUGCUUCGGCAGUCUCCGGAAUUGUAAAAUGCGGGACGCGUUUUAUUUACACAGAGGAUACACGGUGUGUGCAUCAGCGAAACAUCUCGAAACUUCAACAGCAAUAGAAAUGGAACAUUUUGCCUAGAAUUCAACUUUGCAGUCAGAAUCUUUAACUAUGUUCAAAUUCAUUACGUCAUAAAAUGUGGGAUCUUCGGAGCCAAGUAAAGCUCUGUAUCGUCACUGGUAGCAUUCAUCAUUUCAUCUUUUUCACAUAAAGGUAAAGUCUGAGGUUUGGAUUUGCAGGAGUAAGCCUGUUCUAUGUCAGUGCAAACUUUCAGUUCUGGAAAUUGAUGAACAGAUAAUUUAACCUAGUCCUUAAAGCUUGUUGCACUUGCAAGUGAUCAAUUAUGAACAUAAUAUGGUUUAACUAAAGUCAUUAUAUUAGGAGUGCUUCCAGACAUCACACGCGCGCGCACACACAUCUCCAGACCACAUGGUAUGUCAAACCCAUCGAGUGAAACACUACAAAGUUGUGUUUGAGGCAGCAGGUCACACUUAGAAGAGUAGCAUAAAAAAAUAGCAAAAUGUAGAAAGGAGUUUUCUUAUGCUGACUCACUAUUGCAUCUGUGGUCUUAUCUGUUAUUAAUUUUUAAAAUUUGUUCCAGCACGCCAGCACAUGUUAUGACACUAAUUGUUACACUGGCAGAGAUAUCUAUCAGCCAUGUCAAACUACCUGAUUGAGGACAACCUCAAAUGGUCCUGUAGCUAUUGUUUGGUUUUUUUUGUCAUAAUUGUAGCAAAUAAUAAACGAGAACAUGUACUAAAUUUAAUCUGUGUAUGCGGAUAGCUUGCAUUUGGAGUCCACGUAUAUAAACCCAGACGAGCUCUGAACAGUGAGAAAUUGUCUAAAUAAUGAAGGGACAAUCGUGAAGUCAUUUUGCAUUCCUUCUACUGUAACAAUA